UGUCCUCGGCAGAGUCAGAGCAGCUUCCCCCGGCGGCCCAAGACGGCAGGAAGGCGCGGCCGGAGGCGGCUCCGCGGUCUCCACAGGUUGAAUCACCGGACAAUGUCGCAUGCUUUGUGGAUACUGUGGGCCUUGGGGGCCAUAAUCACCCUCUCCAAAGGAGGGUCCCCUGAUCAGGCUUUUCUGUCUUGUGACCCCACGGGUGUCUGCGAUGGCUCCUCCAGGUCUUUGAACUCCAUUCCCUCAGGGCUCACAGAAGCUGUGAAAAGCCUUGACCUGUCCAACAACAAGAUUGCAUAUGUUGGCAACACUGACCUUCAGUUGUGUGUGAACCUCAAAGCUCUGAUUCUGAAGUCCAGUGAAAUUAAUAGAAUAGAUGAAGAUGCUUUUCUUCCCCUUGGAAGUCUUGAACAUUUGGACUUAUCCUAUAAUUACUUAUCUAAUUUAUCAUCCUCCUGGUUCAGGCCCCUUUCUUCCUUGCAGUUCUUAAGCUUACUGGGAAAUCUUUACAAAGAACUUGGGGAAACAUCUCUUUUUUCUCAUCUCACAAAUUUGCGAGUCCUGAAAGUAGGAAACAUUUACACCUCUAAGAUUCAGAAAAAGGAUUUUACUGGAAUAACUUUUCUUAAGGAACUUGAGAUUGAUGCUUCAAAUCUCCAGAGUUAUGAGCCAGAAAGCUUGAAGUCAAUUCAGAAUAUAAGUCAUCUGAUCCUUCAUAUGAGGCAGCCUAUUUUACUGCCGGCGACUUUUGUAGAUCUUUUAAGUUCCUUGGAAUAUUUUGAACUGAGAAAUACUGAUUUGCACACUUUGCAUUUUCCAGAACUACCCAUCAGUGAAACCAACCCACUGAUUAAAAAGUUCACCUUUAGGAAUGUGGAAAUCACUGAUGAAAGUUUUAAUGAAGUUAUGAAACUGUUCAGUUCUGCCUCUGAACUUUCAGAAUUAGAGUUUGAUGACUGUACCCUUAAUGGAAUCGGUAAUUUUGAUUCAUCUGUUAUAGAGAAAAUUAAAGAUCCAGGUAAAGUAGAAACAUUAAUAAUACGGAAGUUGCAUAUUCCACAGUUUUACUUAUUUAAUGAUUUGAGUAGUAUAUAUUCACUCACAGGAAACCUUAAAAGAAUCACAAUAGAAAACAGCAAGGUUUUUCUGGUUCCUUGUUUACUUUCACAGCAUUUAAAAUCAUUAGAAUACUUGGAUCUGAGUGAAAAUCUGAUGGUUGAAGAAUACUUGAAAAAUUCAGCUUGUAAGGAUGCCUGGCCCUCCCUACAAACCUUAAUUUUAAGGCAAAAUCACCUGACAUCAUUAGAGAAAACUGGAGAAACUUUGCUUACUCUCAAAAACCUGACUAGCCUUGAUAUCAGUAAGAAUAGUUUUAAGUCUAUGCCUGAAAAUUGCUGGUGGCCAGAAAAGAUGAAAUAUUUGAACUUAUCCAGCACACAAAUACAUAGUUUAACCUAUUGUAUUCCCCAGACACUGGAAAUUUUAGAUGUUAGCAAUAACAAUCUCAAUUCAUUUUCUUUGAUGUUACCACAACUCAGAGAACUUUAUAUUUCCAGAAAUAAGUUGAAGACUCUACCAGAUUCCACCUUCUUACCCAUGUUACUAGUCAUGAGAAUCAGCAGGAACACAAUAAAUACUUUCUCUAAGGAGCAAUUUGAAUCCCUUCAAAAACUGAAAACAUUGGAAGCGGGUGGAAACAACUUCAUUUGCUCCUGUGAAUUCCUGUCUUUCAUGCAGGAGCAGCAAGCACUGACUAAGGUCUUGGUUGACUGGCCAGAAAACUACCUGUGUGACUCUCCAUCCAAUGUGCGGGGCCAGCGAGUUCAGGACACGCGCCUCUCGGUUGCUGAGUGCCACAGGGCAGCCCUGGUGUCUGCUGUGUGCUGUGCCCUUCUUCUGUUCAUCUUGCUCAUGGGUGUUCUGUGCCACCGUCUCCAUGGGCUGUGGUACAUGAAAAUGAUGUGGGCCUGGCUCCAGGCCAAAAGGAAGCCCAAGAAGGCACACAACAGGGACAUCUGUUACGACGCUUUUGUUUCUUAUAGUGAAAGGGAUUCCUACUGGGUGGAGAGCCUUAUGGUCCAGGAGCUGGAGAAUUUCGACCCCCCCUUUAGGUUAUGUCUUCAUAAGCGGGACUUUGUUCCUGGCAAGUGGAUUAUUGACAAUAUCAUUGACUGCAUUGAAAAGAGUCACAAAACCGUCUUUGUGCUUUCUGAAAACUUUGUGAAGAGUGAGUGGUGCAAGUAUGAACUGGACUUCUCCCAUUUUCGUCUCUUUGAUGAGAACAAUGAUGCUGCCAUUCUCAUUCUUCUGGAGCCCAUUGAGAAGAAAGCCAUUCCCCAGCGGUUCUGUAAACUGCGGAAGAUCAUGAAUACCAAGACCUACCUGGAGUGGCCCAAUGAUGAAGCUCAGCAGCAAGGGUUUUGGCUAAAUUUGAGAACUGCAAUAAAGUCCUAGUUUCCUUCAUUAAAGGGCAGUUUGGGCCUAGUUCUGGUCUUUAUGUCACUAGUUGUAACUAAGUUCAUUCUGACAUAACUACAUAAAAACCACAUGAAUGUACAUUGGCAUUUGAGGACUUACUAAAACUGUUAACAUUUUAUUUGGAAUGCUGUUUUUAAAAAAAUUGCUACCAAAUUGAAAAAUGGCUUUUAAUUAUUCUUUAAGAUAACCAUGAUGUAACUCUAUUAUUGAUACCCGAAUUAUCUGUAGCGAUCAGCUUCUUCAUUAGGAAAUAGCAAAUGAACUGAGGAUUUGAAAUGAAGGUGUCAAGCCAGUAAGCUCUCUGUGAGGAGACUCUCCCAUGUCUGCCUAGAGAGUGCCUUCUCUGUGCCAUUCAUCUGAGACCACCUUCUGGGCCAGUGCGCUAAAGAGUGAGAAGGCAAACUGUUGGGGUCACUCAGCCAAACUUGGUAUUCUUAGAAGAAUGUACUGUUUGUUCCUAUCAAAGUUUACGGAAUGGGCCCUUAGAGGGUAUAUUUUCCUGUGAACUGGGUCUGUCUCUUGGGUAUUAGGUUUCUCCAGCUGCAGUUCUUGAGAGAAGGUAUGUGACACAAAAUACAGUCAAUUAUGUCUUUGCAUUAAAAAAUAAAAUUACUAACGUAAAUAAAAUUUUCAGUUUAUGAAAGCUUGAAAGAAGUGUCUCACAUCCAUGACUGCUCUUUCUUCAGUCUUUCACUGCCUGUUAAAUUCUAACUAGUCUCUAGUUUCCCAUCAUUUGGCUUUCAAUCCCUGCCUUCUAGUCUGUCUCCCCUGAAUAUUGUUGCUUUUUUCUUCUUUGUAAAGGCUUAUUUCUAAUCCUAAAAAGGCCCUCCUUUUUUGUGUUCCCCUCUGAAUAUUUAACAACAUAGAUGUGAGCUAAAUAGAUUUUUAAACAAGAUGGGGUUGCCAUGAGUUGGAAUCAUUUUGAUGGCAAAUAACAACUAAUAUAUCUGGAGGUUCCUCAUAAUGUCAAAGAAAGAAAAUAGUUUAAUACACAGUGAUUUAAAAGAUAGAUACUACUACAUACAUUAUAAUUAAGAUUGAAUAAUACAUUAAAAAUAAAUGCAGUGUUCCUUGCUAAGAGCUGUUUAUGGAUUCUGUUCACCUUUCUUCUAAAGCUGGGAACCACAUGUGAAAGGAAGUAACCUGCUCUUCGCUCAGUUCUCAGCCAGAGUACGGUUAUGUAGUUAUUAGGUAGGGCUCUGGAUUCAGAAAGACCUGAGUUAGUAGAUGUGUAACAAUGGGCGAGUCACUUGACCCAAAUGUUUUCCUGUCCUUAAAAUGGAGAUAAUGAUACUACUUCACAAGGUACUGGUAGUAUGAAAUGCAGUAAUGUAAGUACACACUGAUCACACGCCCCUUGGUUACCAUUCACUGUGGAGGGGCUAGGAAGGAGAGUACCAAGCCUUUGAGAAUGGGAACAAUGGGGUGUCUGUAGGUGGGAGGGAUGCCUGUAGGAGAUGCUAGCUAUUAUGAUUAUUAUUAUUUUCCCAGAAGUGACUAAUUUCCUUAUAUACUAUGGUCUUUUUGUGUAUGAAUGCUAGCAGGGAUAUAAGAGACCCUGUUGUUUGCCGAAAAAUACUCGAAGAAGUAAGUUUGCUAAGGCUUUGGUCCUUGAGAAACACACAUAUACAUAUAUACAAUCCUGUAUACCCUCAGAUACACUCGCAGGAGGGUGUUAGAGAAGAUACAGCAGCCAGCCUAAGGAAAAAUGGGCAAGCCCAGGAGAAGGAAACCUGAGAUUAGGGGAAUGCAUAGGCCACAGAAACCAAAACCAUGAAUGGACUUUUUGCUUUACUUCUCUGUUUCCUACAUUAAGCACAAUGUCAGUCAUCAUGAGAAUCUGAUAAAUUGACUGGAUCUAUAUAUUUAAUUGCAAGAAUUUAAACAGCAAUAGAAAUAGCUUUAUAUUUAAUUGAUAGAUCUAAAAUAAUAUUUCUUAAAUAACCUUUAUAUUUUUCAUUGCAAAUGUUAAACAUGUUCACUGUAGAAAUUUUAGAAAAGAGAUAAGAGCAUAGGAAACAAUAUAAGUCAGCUCUUUUCCCACCACCUUGGGAUAACCACUGGUAACUUUGUUUAAUGAAUAGGUACGUAUUACUUUACAAAACUGGGAUUAGAUUGUAAAUAUUUAAAAUGUGUAAGGAAAAUGGCAUCUUCAUGUUUUUAUGAGAUUGUUUUGUGAUUAUCUGACAUUUCUGAACUCAGGGUCAUUUAAGAUUGCACGCAGAUACAUACUGGUUUACUUGCCCAGAUCUUUAAUCUCAUGCAGCUGUCCAUAGAAAGUAAGUAGAAAAUACAUCAGAGAUCAGUUUGAGGGCUCCUUUUACAGAAGAAAAACUAAUUUGUAUAUAGUGCUCUUUAUUUGACUGUGAAGUCUUCUAUUAUUCAAUAGAUUAUAAAUUCAAGAAUCUUCUUUUAUCUCCUUAACCCCUGCACAUGCUUGGUGUGUAAAAAGUAUUGGAUUAUUGAAAUAUUUGUUGAGUAGAUAGAUAAACCAGAGUUAAAUCUUCUAAUAAUCUGGAUGGUGAUACUGAAGCACUGGCAGUUUCAAGAAGGAAAAUAACCAACUAGUAGAAAUCUUAACGUGAAUUAUCUUCAUUACAACUAUAAUGGAACUUGGAACAGCAUUAAGCAUGUUGCUAACAUUUUUGACAAGGAAAAUAAUGGCCAGUGAUUUCCUUUCUACUUCAUACAAGUAUAUAUUCUUCAAGUAUUGCAUAGUGGAUGUUUGGUAUUAUGUAUACGGUGUUGCCUAUUUAACUAUUGACUAGUAACUUAAAAUGUGUUAACUUCAGGAGUCCAACAUAUCAUUCUUGGGUUAAUUCUUGCUGACUGGUCUUCCCCAUUCCCUCCUGCUGGAUUAAAUCAUUCUUCUAACAAAUAUUUAUUGAGUGCUUACUAUGUGCCAGGCACUGUUCUAAGUGCUGUGGAAACAGUAGAGAACAAAACAGACAAAAUUCAUGGAGUUUACGAAUCUUGAUAAGUGCUAUGAAGAAAAUAAAAGCAGAGUAAGAAUAGAAUGGCACGAGAGAGGAGAGGGAUUCUGUCCAUUUCAGAGCAGGUCUUGGAGUGGGGCGAGUGUGUUCAGCAGCCCCUGGAAGCCCAGUGCAGCUUGGCCCACUGAGGGACCCAUGGCAACUGGUGCCAGAGGCUUUGAGAGUAAACUCCUCUGUGCCCAAACCACCAUGUGGUGCCAAGCACAUAGAGCAGAAAAGAUCCUAUCUUUAACCAUAGAUUACUUAACAAUUUCUACCUAGUUGAACUAAUGAGAAGAUAUUAAAAUAACCAGUUUCUGUCAGUCGAUUUCAACUCAUGGUGGCCCCAUGUGUGUCAGAGUAGAACUGUACUCCAGAGGGUUUUUAAAGACUGUGAUCUUUCAGAAGUAGAUCACCAGGCCUUUCUUCCGAGGUGCCUCUGGGUGGAUUUGAACCACCAACCUUUCAGUUAGUAGCCGAGCACUUAACCAUUUGCGUCAACCUAUUAAUUAUAAUGUAUGUGAGAAGUACUUUGCAAAGCUCUUUGCAAACACUGUACAGAUAGCAUUAUUAUCAGCCAACCUGGAGGUAGGAUGUGUGGUGCAAUAAAAUGUGUUGCAAGCGUGGGUUAGAAAACAACUGUAAUGGGAAAGAUGAAAAAAACACACUUU